CUCCAUAACUCAAGUGUUCUCAACUCAACUCAAUCAGGCUAUGGAGGUUGUGAUACCUCAUGUAAAUCCCAUGGAUUUCGACUUCACUUCUUCUGCAUAUGCAACUGCACCCAUGACUCCUAAGUUCAUGGCGGCCGGUGAUUGCUACUUCAGUGCUCCUCCCAGCCCUACAAAAACAACCGAGAUACAUCAUGAUGAGUUUGAUGAUGAGUUCCUCAUAUCUGAAGAAGACAACCAUGGAGGCAAUUCUCUUGCAACUGUUCCUUUCGCGUGGGAAGAAAAGCCUGGUGUUCCAAAAUCAGUAUAUGAUUUUGCAUUUGAUGUUAGUGGAGAGUUAAAAAGAGAUUCAUCGGCGGCUGAAGAUUUGUUUCAUGGUGGGGUGAUCAUCAAGUCUGUGGAGAAGAUGAAAACCUCCAUGGGAGAGAGAGAAAGGGGAAGAGAGAGAGGUUCUUCUUCUUCUUCUUCUUCAUCUGCAGGUUUAUCUUCAUCAAGAAGUAGAAGAACACGAUCCCUUCCGCCGGUGAUUAGGGGUUUAGAUCAAGCACCGGUGGCUGCAAACAUGAUACCUCCAUCUUCAUCAUCUUCAAGCUGUACCACUCUUUCGGCUUCUGGAUCGGGAAAAGGGUCGAAAAAAUGGAGCUUCAAGGACCUGUUCUUGUUCAGAAGUGCUUCAGAUGGGCGAGCCAUGGAUAGGGACCCUUUGAAGAAAUAUUCGGCCAUUUUUAGAAAGCAUGAUGAAGAUUUGAGAAACUCAAGUAUGCGAUCAGACAGAUCCGGGUCUGGAUCCGGGUCAAAGAGAAGAGGACGGGUAUCGGCUCACGAGUUACAUUACACAGUGAACCGUGCAGUCUCAAACGACAUGAAGAAGAAGACAUUCUUGCCGUAUAAACAAGGUAUUCUGGGAAGACUGGCCUUCAAUCCAACAGUCCAUGCACUUGCAAACGGAUUCGGCCAUUCUAAUAAAAGUAUCGACUACCACUAAACCUCUCUCUAUCUCUCUCUAUAUAUACAUACAUACAUAUAUAUAUAUAUAUAUAGAUGGUUUAAUCGUUGAAUUUGUUUGUUGUUUUGGUUAUUGUAAAGAGAUUCCAAGUGCUUGGUUACUAGAUAUAUGUUAAACAUCAUGUAAUCAUGAAACAAAUGUUCAUAUAUAUGCAGUGACUUGAAUCAGAUUAAAUACAACUGAAAACUUAUCAGUUUUUAUGAA